AUGGCUUUCGCAGCCAGAUCUUUUGCUCCUGCUCGUCUCUUCCGCCCCAACAUGUCCAUCUCCACAGGGCUCCAUACUCAGCGCAAUGUCUCUUUUUCUUCGUAUCUAGUGACACCAAAGCAGCUGAAUGAAGCCCUCAAAAAGAACCCCACGACAAAAAUCUCAACUUCCCCCCGCGUGAUUCCCCUCUGUGCAGCAUGGUUCAUGCCGAACGACCCAGAGGGUCGCAAGGGAAUUGACUCGUUCCGCAACUCACGCAUCCCCCAGGCCCGAUUCUUUGACCUUGAUGCCAUCAAAGAUCAAGACUCGCCCUAUCCACACAUGCUGCCCACCUGCGAGACCUUUGCCGAGGCCAUGAGUGAGCUGGGGAUCCGUCGCGAUGACUCGGUGGUAGUUUAUGACACUGCCGAGGUAGGAAUAUUCAGUGCACCCCGUGUAGGCUGGACGCUGCGCGUAUUUGGCCAUUCUAAUGUGCACAUCCUCAACAACUAUCGUCUCUGGGUCAAAGAAGGUCUUCCGACUGAGAGCGGCGAGCCAGCAGUGGUGGAGAAGUCCAAGUACCCUGUUCCAACAUACGACUCGCGUCUAGUGAUCUCCUUCCGGGAGAUGAAGGAGUUGGCAUUUGAUUAUGGCAAAGAGGGUGCAGAGGAAAUAGAGAUCCUAGAUGCACGCUCCUAUGGUCGUUGGGCUGGAACUGACCCAGAGCCGCGCCCUGGCCUGUCAUCGGGUCAUAUCCCUGGCUCCAAGAGCCUGCCCUUCCAAGAGCUGCUGGAUCCUGAAACAAAAGCCUAUCUCCCUGCUGAAGACCUGCGAAAGGUGUUUGAGGCCCACAAGGUGGAUCCAAACCAAACAAUCAUCAGCUCGUGCGGUACUGGCGUGACUGCCUCCAUCAUUGAGACAGCCCUGAGUGAGGCGGAAUAUGGCGACCCAAACCUGCGUCGGGUAUAUGACGGCAGCUGGACUGAGUGGGCGCAACGAGUGAAGGAAUCGGAUGGCCUCAUCAAGAAGGUGAAGUCAUAGGCCGGAAAGAUGGCUCUGGAACCCUUUUC